AUGCCAGUCCGGGAGAGGGAAGGUGCGAGCCAGAAGUCCAGCGUGCUGGUGGCCACGGCGGCCUCACCCGCCCCCUCCGGCUCCUCUUCCUCAGCCGCCUUCCUGAGCGCGGGCGCCGACAUCUCUAUCACCCCCGAGCCUGCCCAGCCAGCCGAGGGGGACAACGUCACACUGACCGUCCACGGGCUUUCGGGGGAAGUGCUCGCCUACAACUGGUACGCGGGGCCCACGCUCAGCCUGACGUACCUGGUGGCCAGCUACAUCGUGAGCACGGGCGACGAGACCCCUGGCCCGGCCCACACGGGACGGGAGGCUGUGCGCCCCGACGGCGGCCUGGACAUCCGGGGCGCCCUGCCCGGGCACUCGGGCACCUACAUCCUGCAGACCCUCAACAGGCAGCUCCAGACGGACGUGGGCUACGGACACGUGCAGGUCUAUGAGAUCCUGGCCCAGCCUGUGGUCACGGCCAACAACACGGCACUGGUCGAGCGCCGAGACACCCUGCGCCUGGCGUGCAGCAGCCCCAGCCCCGCUGAGGUCCGCUGGUUCUUCAACGGCGAAGCCCUGCCCAUCGCCAUCCGCCUCGGCCAGUCCCCCGAUGGCCGGGUACUGACCCGGCAUGGCGUCCGCAGAGAGGAGGCGGGAGCCUACCAGUGUGAGGUCUGGAACCCGGUCAGUGUCAGCCGCAGCGAGCCCGUCAACCUGACCGUGUACUAUGGCCCAGAACGCGUGGCCAUCCUCCAAGAUUCCACCACCCGCACGGGCUGUACCAUCAAACUGGACUUCAACACGUCCCUCACCCUGUGGUGCGUGUCCCAGUCCUGCCCAGAGCCCGAGUAUGUGUGGGCCUUCAACGGGCGGGCCCUCAAGAACGGGCAAGACCACCUCAACAUCACUAGCAUGACGGCGGCCCAGGAGGGCACGUACACGUGUAUUGCUAAGAACCCCAAGACCCUGCUUUCCGGAUCCGCCUCGGUGGUGGUCAAGCUCUCCGCGGCAGCGGUCGCCAUGACGAUUGUGCCCGUGCCCACCAGGCCGAUGGAGGGCCAGGAUGUGACGCUGACCGUCCAGGGCUACCCCAAGGACCUGCUGGUCUACGCCUGGUACCGCGGGCCUGCCUCGGAGCCCGGCCGGCUGCUCAGCCAACUGCCGUCAGGCAACUGGAUCGCAGGCCCCGCGCACACAGGCCGGGAGGUGGGCUUCGCCAACUGCUCACUGCUGGUGCAGAAGCUGAACCUCACGGAUGCCGGCCGCUACACCCUCAAGACCGUCACGUUGCAGGGCAAGACCGAGACCCUGGAAGUUGAGCUGCAGGUGUCCCGUGAGUGUGUCAGAGGGGGGCAGAGGGUGUAUCUUUUCAGACAGACGCUCCCAAAGCGGGGCUUUGUCUCCUCCAGGGCAGGGAGGGAAGCACGGACGAAGGGUAGAUCGGCGUCCCCAACAGACUUGAAAGAAGGGGCUCCCUGUCCUCCCUCUGACUUGGGGAUCUCCAAAUGGAGUUUUUGGCCUCUUCUGUCAAACCGACAGCCUAGACUAGGGGUAGAUAGGCCUCCUGCAUCGAACCGAAGGCUACCAAAGGGGGAUUCCACGCCUCCUCUCUCAUAUAAGAAGUACACCAGACUGAAGGUCUCAAGAAAGGAGGCACAGUCUGAGCGUAGGGCACCCUUUUUCCUGCAGGUGGGUAGACCUAUUGCCUCCGCUACUUUAUUGGGAAAGUGGGUUAAUGAUGGGAGUGUACCUCCCCCAUCAGACUGGAUGUAUAGUACGAGGGUGGAUCCUAACUCCCUCUUUAGACUGGGAGAUCCUAGACAGUUGGCAUCAUGUCUCGGCCUCUGCAUUAGGGUAAGAGUGAGGACAGAAUUUCUACCAUCAGAGGGGGACAUUUUUCUCUCAAAGUGAAAUAGGAAAAAUCUCCUCCGUUAGGAUAGAGGCUUCUGGGUGAUGGGAAUUUUGUCUCCUCCCUCAGACUGGGAAUUCCCAGUGGUCAGGAGCCAUGUCCCUUCCAUCAGUCCGGGAAUUCCCAGAUGUUGAAGACCAUGUCUUGCCCAUCAUAGUAGGGACUCCCAGAGUCAGGGACCAUGUCUCCUCCAUCAGACUGGGAGCUCCCAGAAACAGGUCUCCUCCAUCAGACUGGAAGUUCUCGGAGUCAAUGAACCAUGUCUCCCACAUCAGACUCGGAGCUCCCAGGGUUAAAGACCAUGUCUCCUCCAUCAGACUGGGAGCUCCCAGAAACAGGGACCAGGUCUCCUCCAUCAGACUGGUAGUUCUCAGAGUCAAUGAACCAUGUCUCCCACAUCAGACUGGGAGCUCCCAGAGUUAAAGACCAUGUCUCCUCCAUCAGACUGGGAGCUCCCAGAGUUAAAGACCAUGUCUCCUCCAUCAGACUGGGGGCUCCCAGAACCAGGGACCAUGUCCCCUCCAUCAGACUGGGGGCUCCCAGAGCCAAGGACCAUGUCUCCUCCAUCAGACUGGGAGCUCCCAGAGGCAGGGACCAUAUCUCCUCCAUCAGACUGGGAGCUCCCAGAGGCAGGGACCAGGUCUCCUCCAUCAGACUGGGGGCUCCCAGAGUCAGGGACCAGGACCAUCCCCAUCAGACUAGACAUCCCCAGAGGUCCAAGAGGCCAUGUCCCUGAGGCAGGCUUCAUUCCAUUAGACCAGGAGCUCUCAGACACUGGGAACUUGGUCAUUCUCCAGUCUGGAGCCUCCUCUCCCCCAUCAGACCAGGCAUUUUUGGAAGCCCUGAGUCAGGGAUGGCAUCUCCCAGCUCAGAUGUGAACUUUCUGGGGUCAGGAAAUCGGUCACUGCCAGGCACCCCUUCCUUCAUCAAACCCUGGUCCUGGGUCAGUGCUGGAGGUAGAAUGCUCUUCGAUGGCAGCAGGCCACCCGCCCCCCCCCCCCCCCCCCCACGAAGCCUCGGAAAUCCUUUUCACCCUGUCUCUCUUCUCACAGUCAACCUCCCUCCCCUGCGUGAGGACCAACGCCACCUUCCUGAACCUGAACCUGGCACAGGCUGAGC